AACAAACAUGGAUGAUUACAUGGUAACCACUGAGGACUACUGGAUAUUCGAUUAUGACAACUACACGUUGUCCCCCGAAACCAGUAAGACGCACGCGGCCCCUUGCCCGCACGAAGACAUCUACGCUUUUGCGCGGAGGUACCUGCCCGUCGUCUACAUCCUGGUCUUUAUCCUGGCCGUGGUGGGCAACGUGCUGGUGCUGUGCGUGAUCCGCCGCUAUCGCAACUCCCACGGCGGCGGCGCCUGCUCCUUCUCCCUCACCGACACCUUCCUCCUCCACUUGGCCAUCUCCGACCUGCUGCUGGCCUUCACGCUGCCGCUGUUCUCCACGCAGUGGGCCCAUCAAUGGGUGUUCGGCGAGGCCGUCUGCAAGAUGUCCGGCGCUCUGUUCUCGUUCAACCGCUACAGCGGCAUCCUUUUCCUGGCCUGCAUCAGCUUCGACCGCUACCUUGCCAUCGUCCACGCCGUCAGCUCCGGCUGGAAGCGCAACACCUGCCAGGCGCAGGUGGCCUGCGCCUUCAUCUGGGUGGGCUGCCUGGGCCUGGGCGGCGUGGACAUUGUCUUCAAGCAGGUGAGCGAGGUGAAAAUCGACGAGGGGCGGGCCCCGCUCCUGUGCCAGGUGUGGUUCACCAACAACGCCGCGCAGUGGCACGCCGGCCUGCAGCUGGUCAGCGUGAGUCUGGGCUUCGGGCUGCCACUCCUCAUCAUGCUUUACUGCUACAUCCGGAUCUUCCGCUCGCUGUGCAACGCCACCCGCCGGCAGAAGCGCAAGUCCCUGCGCCUCAUCGUCUCCCUGGUGUCUGUCUUCGUGCUCUGCUGGGCGCCGUACAACGGCUUCCUUUUGGCCGACAGCCUCCAGAGGCUAGAGGUGGUGGCGGGGGGCUGCCGGUUCGGCCGCAUUGUGGACAUGGGCAAGGUGAUCACCGAGAGCGCCGGGCUGUCGCACUGCGCCCUCAACCCGCUGCUGUACGGUUUCGUGGGGGUCAAAUUCCGCAGGGAGAUGGCGCGUAUGUGCAAGGGGCUGCUGGGCCCGAAAGUCGGGCUGGGCGUGGAGGAGUGGAGGGAGAGGAAGCGCAAGACCACCGGCUCCUACAGCUCUGCCGAGAGCGAAAACACCUCCUACUCGGUUAUGGUGGGAAGAUGAUCGAGAAGCUCAUGUUUGUAAGUGGCUUGUCAAGGGGGGGCCAGAAAAGUGCCACUUUUCCACUGUGCAGCACCGACUCCUCUGGCUCUUGAGCUCUGCACAUUUUCAAAUGUCUUCGGCUUCAAAAAGAGUAAUUAAUGAAAAAAGAUGCACAUUUUUUAAGAAACAGCACAUAGGCUAUACAAGAUUCUUGAGGGAAAAAAAGUUACGUGUCCCACCCACCACCCCCCAAAA